CAAUCUCUAGCUAUUUCAUUCUUCCUUCUGUCGCUGGCCAUUCUUUAGCCAAUUACUUCAACUUCUCUCGUAAAUCUUUAUGAAUCCAAUAGUUUAUUUCUCAAACAAGAGGUUCUAAUAGCAGCUUAAUCUUGGUUUGCUGAACUUUAAGCGACCAAAAGGUCUUUUGAACUUGAAAGGAAAAAAGUGAUUACUUUGGCAUUAACCAGUGAAAAUUACAAUCAUGGAAAGAGGAGAAAGAGACAAAGGGGAAGCAAACAACUUAUCGGGAAAUCAAGUGAGUUACGGUCAACCAGACUCAAUAUUGGUGGAGCCACUGGGAGGCACUGGUGGAUCACAAUGGAAUUACAUGCUGAAAAGUCCCAUUAGAGAAAUAUUGAUUGCUCAUGGAGAUUGUAUAGACUCCAUCAUCUUUAGAACAGUUACUGAACAAGGUACUAUCAUAGAGUCAACAAAGUUUGGAGGGGAUGGAGGUCGAAGAGACAAGGUUGUUAUAGAGGCAACUCCUUUGGAAUAUUUAACAGACAUCAAGGGGACAAUUGGGCUUUGUUGUGGCCAUUUGGUUAUAAAAUCUCUAUGUUUUAUAACUAAUGCAAAGAAUUAUGGACCAUUUGGGUGUGAGGACGGUGGAACCCCAUUUUCACUUGUGAUGGAAGAAGGUGUAGCUAUUGUGGGAUUUCACGGGCGUUCUGGGUUGUACCUUGAUGCUAUUGGUGUUUAUUUGAAGAAACUUGAUCCUCCCACUUCAGCAAAAGAACCUAUGAUUGAAGACAUUGAAAUCCGUGACAUCAUGGAAAGAGGAAAACAAAUUGAAGGAGAAAGAGAGAAAGGGGAAUUAGCAAACAGUUUUGAGGUGAAGGGAAAUCAAGUAAGUUACGAUCAAGCGGAUUCAAUAUUGGUGGAGCCAUGGGGAGGCACUGGUGGAUUAGAAUGGUAUUACAAGCUGGAAAGUCCCAUUAAAGAAAUAUUGAUUGCUCAUGGAGAUUGUAUCGAAUCCAUCAUGUUCAGGACCGUUACUGAACAAGGUACUACCAAAGACUCACCAGAGUUUGGUGGGGAUGGAGGUCGAAGAGACAAGGUUGUUAUUGAGGUAACUCCAUUGGAAUAUUUAACAUGCAUCAAGGGGACAUUUGGAUAUUGUGGUAGCUAUUCGGUUGUAAAAUCUCUAUAUUUUAUAACUAAUGCAAAGAAUUAUGGACCAUUUGGGUCUGAGGCUGGAACCCCAUUUUCGCUUGUGAUGAAAGAAGGUGGAGCUAUUGUGGGAUUUCACGGGCGAUGUGGAGCAUACCUUAAUGCUAUUGGUGUUUAUUUGCAGAAACUUACUCCUUUAUCAAAGGAACCUGAAGCUAAAAACAUGGAGCCAAAUGAACGUGUGGUUGAAGAAAUUGAAAUCCAUGACGAAAAUCAAGUGAGUUAUGAUCAAACGAACUCAAUAUUGGUGGAGCCAUGGGGGGGUAACACUGGUGGAUCUGAAUGGAAUUACAAGCUGAACAGUCCCAUUAAAGAAAUAUUGAUUGCUCAUGGAGAUUUUAUACACUCCAUCAUUUUCAGAACCAUUAACGAAAAAGGUACUACCAAAGACUCACCAAUGUUUGGUGGGGAUGGAGGUCGAAGAGACAAGGUUGCUAUUGAGGCAAUUCCAUUCGAAUAUUUAACAGGCAUCAAGGGGACAUUUAGACGUUGUGGUAUCCAUUUGGUUAUAAACUCUCUAUGUUUUAUAACUAAUGUAAAGAAUUAUGGACCAUUUGGGUCUGAGGAUGGUGGAACACCAUUUUCAGUUGUGAUGAAAGAAGGUGGAGCUAUUGUGGGAUUUCACGGGCGUUCUGGAGCGUACCUUGAUGCUAUUGGUGUUUAUUUGCAGAAACUUACUCCCCCUGCUUCGGCACAGGAACCUGAAGAUGAAACAAUUGAGCCAAAUGAACCUAAGGUUGAAGAAAUAAUUGAAAUCCAUGACGAAAAUCAAUUGAGUUACGAUCUAGCAGACUCAAUAUUGGUGGGGCCAUGGGGAGGCAAUACUGGUGGAUCAGAAUGGAAUUACAAGUUGAAAAAUCCCAUUAAAGAAAUAUUGAUUGCUCACGGAGAUGUUAUAGACUCCAUCAUGUUCAGAACCGUUACCGAACAAGGUACUACCAAAGACUCACCAAAGUUUGGUGGGAAUGGAGGUGAAAUAAAUAAGGUUAUUUUUGAGCAAACACCACUGGAACAUUUAACGGGCAUCAAGGGUACAUUAGGACGUUUCAAUGGCCAUUUGGUUGUAAAAUCUCUAUGUUUUACAACUAAUGCAAAGAAUUAUGGACCAUUUGGGUCUGAGGAUGGUGGAACACCAUUUUCAGUUGUGAUAAAAGAAGGUGGAGCUAUUGUGGGAUUUCACGGGCGUUGUGAAGUGUACCUUGAUGCUAUUGGUGUUUAUUUGCAGAAAUCUACUCCCCCUGCUUCGGCACAGGAACCUGAAGAUGAAACAAUUGAGCCAAAUGAACCUAUGGUUGAAGAAAUAAUUGAAAUCCAUGACGGAUCAGGAUCAACUGAUCAUAAGAAAGGGAAAAUAACAAAAAGUGAAAGUGAAUUGCCAACAAUGGGAAAUCAAGUGAGUUAUGAUCAAGCGGGUUCGAUAUUGGUGGGGCCAUGGGGAGACUAUACUGGUGGAUCGGAAUGGAAUUACAAGUUUAAAAGUCCCAUUAAAGAAAUAUUGAUUGCUCAUGGAUACGUUAUAGACUCCAUAAUGUUCAGAACCAUUACCGAACAAGGUACUACCAAAGACUCACCAAAGUUUGGUGGGAAUGGAGGUCGAAUAAAUAAGGUUGUUAUUGAGGCAACUCCAUCGGAAUAUUUAACAGGCAUCAAGGGGACAUUUGGAUGUUAUUAUGGCCAUACGGUUAUAAAAUCUCUAUGUUUUAUAACUAAUGCAAAUAACUAUGGACCAUUUGGGUCUGAUGCUGGUGGAUACCCAUUUUCACUUGUAAUGAAAGAAGGUGUAGCUAUUGUUGGAUUUCACGGACAUUCGGGGUUGUACCUUGAUACUAUUGGUGUUUAUUUGCAGAAACUUGCUCCUCCCAAUUCAGCAAAGGAACAUACGGUUGAAGACACUGAAAUCCGUGACCAGGUGUCCCUUUCUGCUCUUCGCAAGGACAUUGUCAAUAUUCUGGAUUUCAUAGAGAGCUUAAAGAAUGAAGAAAAUGAAAAGGCAUUUCACGUGGAUCUAAUUGGAAAGCUAAAAUUAAAGCUGGCACUAUUUUGUACAUAUGUCCAGCUUUCUUAUUCAAAUAUGGAAAAUUUUAAUUAUAUAAUGACUCGCAUAAGACAAGAGGUUGAAACAAUUUUAUACAAUUUUGGCUACUACAUGCCGUUCAAACAAGGCAUGCGUCAUAUCCAUCCUCGCCUCGUGGAGAAUAUGGAAUAUUGUAUCGGCUCAUGUUAUCUUGCUAAAUCAAGUGCCUCCAUGACUGGGGAGCAAUUGGACUUCCUCCUCCAGAAUCUCCAUCAUCUUUCCAAGUAUUGUGCUGAACAAUAUUCUCCAUUCGUGACUGAAUAUGAGAUUCUUCGGAAUGUAUGUGCCAACAUACGAGAUUUCCACGGGUUGAUAGUGAAUGGUUGUGUUGGGCAUGAGAUUGUUGAACAUGUCCUACCUCAGUUUCAACUAAUGGCUCAGAGAGUAGGACGCUUCCAUUGGGAAUAUGAGUUUCCUGGAGAUUCUCGACUCUUCAAACUAGCACAACUACUCUUGAAGAUUAUUCCAAUUGAACUGGAGGUUAUGCACAUAUGUUUUACAAAUUUGAAAGCUUCAACAUCAGCAGAAGUUGGACGCUUCAUUGAGCAGCUCCUAGAAACCUCUCCGGACAUUCUUAGAGAAUAUCUGAUUCAUCUACAAGAGCACAUGGUAAAUGUUAUUACCGCUAGCACUCCAGGGGCUCGAAACAUUCAUAUCAUGAUAGAGUUCCUAUUAAUCAUUUUCACUGAUGUGCCUAAGGAUUUUAUUCACAAUGGCCAGUUGUUUAAAUUCCUAGCACGUGUUGGAGAACUCACCAGGGACGUAUCAGCUAUUGCUCGCGACUUAGAAGUGAAAUCAAAGAAUGCAGAGAGUACCAAUAAAACAAACAGUGCAACUCUAGGCUUGCUCGAAAAUAUUGAACCCCUCAAGAGAGAACUCAAAGAUGUUUACCUGAAAGCCCCAGACUCAUCUCAACUCUGUUUUCCCUUGAGUGAUGCACCCCUAUUCAUGCAUCUUCUACUUAGACACCUAAAUGAUUUGCUCAAUUCCAAUGCUUAUUUAAUUGCUUUGAUAAAGGAAGAAAUCAGACUGGUGAAAGACGAUCUAGAAUUCAUAAGAUCUAUCUUCAUGAAUGUUGAACAAGAAUUGUAUAAAGAUCUUUGGGCACGUGUUUUAGAUCUAGCAUAUGAGGCAAAAGAUGUCAUUGAUUCAAUUAUUGUAAGAGAUAAUGGUCUCUUACAUCUUAUUUUCUCACUUCCCCUUGCCAUAGAAAAGAUCAAGCUUAUCAAAAAAGAGAUCUUACUUGAGAAGAUUCCCAAAAACAAGAGCCUCAUUGUUGUAAACUCUCCCAAUAAGCCACUUGAAAGCAAGUCAUCAUCAGCUGAGCAAAUAAUCGUAGGUUUUGAAGAGGAGACAAAUUGGAUAAUUAGGAAUCUCACCAGUGGACCAAAAAUGCUAGAUGUCAUUUCGAUCACUGGUAUGCCGGGUUCCGGUAAAACUACUUUGGCGUAUAAAGUGUAUAAUGAUAAGUCAAUUUAUGGUCAUUUUGACAUCCGUGCACGGUGUACAGUCGAUCAAAAGUAUGACGAGAUGGAGUUGCUGAAAAAACUUUUUAAUGAAGUUGCUGGCUCAACUUCGAAAUUCGGUGAGAAUAUUGAUGUUGCUAAUGAGCUACGGAAACAUCUGUUUGGAAAGAGGUACCUUAUAUUCUUAGAUGAUUUGUGGGACACUGCAGCAUGGGAUGAGUUGACAAGACCUUUUCCUGAAUGUGAGAAAGGAAGUCGAAUUAUUUUGACGACUCGAGAAAAGAAAGUGGCUUUGUAUGCACAACGCCAUAGUGAUCCUCUUGACCUUCGAUUGCUAACACAGGAAGAAAGUUGGGAGUUAUUAGAGAAAAAGGUCUUUGGAAAAGAACAUUGCCCUGAUGAACUAGUGGUUGUUGGAGAAGAGAUAGUCCAAAACUGUAAAGGGCUUCCUUUGGUGGUUGAUUUGAUUGCUGGAGUCAUUGCAGGGAAGGAAAAGAAAAAGAGUGUGUGGCUUGAAGUUCAAAAUAAUUUGAAGUCCUUCAUUUUGAACAAGAAAGUGGAAGUGAUGAGGGUUAUAGAAUUAAGUUAUGACCAUUUGCCUGAUCAUCUAAAGCCAUGCUUACUUUACCUUGCAAGUUAUCCAAAGGACGAAUUAAUUGGAGCCGAUGUUUUGAAAAUUGUAUGGCGUGCCGAAGGAUUUGUGGAACAGACAGAUAUGAAGAGUGUGGAAGAAGUGAUGGAGGUUUAUCUGGAUAAUUUAACUUCCAGUAGCUUGGUAAUUUCUUUCAAGGAGAUAGGUAAAGACCGGACUUGCCAAAUUCAUGAUCUUGUGCAUGACUUUUGUUUGAUAAAAGCAAGAGAGGAAAAGUUGUUCGACUUCAUAAGUUCAAGUGCUCCAUCAUCAUCUUCUUCAGAUCUGAUGCCACGUCACAUGAGAAAUGAUUUUGAUAAGGAGCACUUUGGGCAUAACAAUUUUGUCUUGUUCGAUUCAAAAGCGAAAAGGCAUUCUGGUAAGCACCUCUAUUCUUUGAAGAUAAAUGGACACGAGCUGGACAACUAUCUUUAUGAUGUAUGUCACCUAAGACACUUGAGGCUUCUUAAAGUGUUGAUCCUGGAUCGCUCCUUUAUCAAGGUGAAAGAUUCUUUGCUGAAUGAAAUAUGCAUGUUGGUUCAUUUGAGGUUCUUAAACAUUCAGACAGAAGUUAAAUCUCUGCCUUUGUCUUUAUCAAACCUCUGGAAUCUUGAAACUCUGUCUCUCGAUAAUGGUAAUCAAUCCAUGGUACUACUACCGACUAUUUGGAGUCUUUCAAAAUUACGAGUGCUGAACGUAUAUGCCGGUUCCUUCAUUGAUUUGGAUACAGAUGAACCAAUAUUGACAGCAGAGGACCCAAAGUUAGAGAACUUGAGAACAUUAGAGCUACUCGAGCUUUCCUAUUCGAAAGACACACAUGAUAUUUUCAAAAGGUUUCCCAAUCUUCAAGAGCUUGGAUUUUUUCUCAAGGAAUCAUGGGAUUGUUCAACAGAGGGAUAUUGGUUCCCGAAAUUGGACUUCCUAAAUGAAGUAGAAAUAAUCGUAGUAACUUUUCAAAGUUCAAAUUCAAGUGAUAGCGCACCCUUAGAGUUUGAAAAUCGACUGUGGAAUUUUCACUUCCCUUCGAGUUUAAAAAAAUUGUCGUUGCGUCAGUUUCCGAUGACAUCAGAUUCACUAUCAACAAUAGCGAAACUGCCCAAGCUUGAAGAUCUGUACCUUGAAGACGCAAUCAUCCAUGGGGAAGGAUGGAACAUGGGGGAGGAAGACACCUUCCAGAAACUCAAAUGUUUGACAUUGCAGCGAGUGAAUCUUGCUAAGUGGGAGGUUAGAGAGGAAUCCUUUCCUGUGCUUGAGAUAUUACGACUGCGGGACUGUCGUAAGCUUGAGGAGAUUCCGCCUAGUUUCGGGGAUAUUUGUUCAUUAAAAGUUAUCGAACUCCCAUGGAGCCCUCAACUGGAAGAUUCUGCUUUGGAGAUUAAGAAAUAUGUUGAAGAGACGGCGGGAAAAGACAGGAUUCAGGUCCUUGUUCACAAGUCUUGAGCACUUUUACACAGAGAAAAUAUAAUGCAUGUAAGGAAUACAUCCAAUUAAUGCAUCUAAUACAUUCUCCCAGCUAUUUCCGUUCUUCUUUUCUUCAUUUUGUGGGUAAAUGUACUCCAGCAUUUGUUCUUUCAAAUUGUUGUUAUUGUAUACUUUUUCUUUUCUUUUUUGGGCAUGGCUUGAGUUGUUUGCAUAUCAUAUGUUACUCCUCAAGUCCAGAAACAUGUAUACAUGGGAUUGCUGACUCUCCGCAAUGCUGAGAAUAGUGCUGUAGGAAGUGGAUUUGGAGGAUAGCAAGAAGUAACUGAAACAAAAGGUGGGCAACCUCUGUACUAUAUGAAAGUUACCUUAUAUCUCAGCUUUUUCAAGUUUUUAUAUAUCUUUCACAAUCAGCCCAGCUGCAUAGAGUUAUAAUUGUGAUGCAGGCUGAUGGAAUUCACACGCACUAAGAAUCAGCCUAUCGAUGCAUUUGAAGGUGAGGCUGCAUGUGUAUUCACUUUAAAUAACAAUGAAGAAAGAGUAGAUGGUGGUGCAACUUCAACUGUAAUGCAGAAAAUUCAAAUUCUUCGGUCUUUAUACCUACCUCAGUGGCUGCCAGUGGUGAGGCGCAACAAGUUGAUGCACAUGGGAUGCAAGAAAAAUAAGUGCAGGUGGAUGAAUUUGCAAUUAGAUGCAGCUGUAGUUGUAGUUAGCUCUACAUGCGUAGAUAAUUUUGCUGCUAUUCUUGCUCCGUCUUCUGUGUAACAACAAAACAAACAAGAAGCUCACACUUUCAUCCCUCCCAAAUCGACAAUGCCUUGGUUGUUGUUCAACAGCCUGACUGCUAGUUUUGGCGAUGCUAAGCUUCGAUAGCAUUCUGUCAUAGACUCACCAGCUUUGGCUGCAAAGCAAACUCAUGCGGGAUGUUUUGUGCACCGGGAUGCCCUUUAUUUUAUUUAUCUUUAGACAUCACAAAAUGUUAAACACCACUCUAUUGCUAUACAACAUUUACAGCUUUCAAUAAUUCAAAUUCAUUAAACUACUUGUAAUAUUAAACUUUGAUUUGAUAUUUUUCUCUAUUGGACUAAUUUCUCAACUA